AUGUUCGGACAAGUGCGUACAAAUCGGUCGACGGCCUUAAUGGCCGCCACCAUCAUCUUCCUCGUGGCUUUUGUUGGUCUUGCCUACAACCACCUGGAUAAGUGGGAGCCUCCCGCUGAUGUCACCGAUACCGACACCGUCGUUGAGGAGCCUCAUGGCGCUUUCUCCAAGCCCGAUCGCCCUUCCAACGCUUCGACCGAGCUGGGCGAUUACUACCUGAAGUACAUCAUGAGGCCCUCGGUCGGCCCUACUACCCCCGUGUACUCGUCCUUUGGCGCGUUCCCCUUCGAGCUGCCCGCCGACCCCAAGUGGACCGAGCUCGUUGGCGAGGACCUGUGCAUCAUUGAUCUCGACAACCGACCUUUCAACGAGCCCGGCCAGAUCUUCUCCCCCGAUUUGAUGAGUUGGGACCGCGGCUCUGAGGUUCACGGUCUGUCCGCCGGUGUCUUGAACCACUGGGUUUACUCCAAGAUCCACGGUUACAAGUAUUACUACGUCGACAUCACCGAUCCCUUUGAGGACCGCCGCAACUCGUGGAAGAAGCCCCCGAUCCUGACCAAGAUCCUCAAGAAGCACAAGGCCUGCAUUUUCCUCGACUCCGACGCCAUCUUCAACCGCCUCGACCUCCCCUUCGAGUGGCUCAUGAACUACUGGCAGCUUCACCCCGACACCAACUCGAUGGCUCUCGCUGCCGAUCCCAACGCCAAGAACAACCAGGAUAAGUUUGGAAAGGUUUAUCUCAACACUGGUUUCAUCAUUCUCCAGAACAACGAGAAGACGUUCGAGAUCUUGAAGGAGUGGGAGGACUGCCCCAACGAGGGCGGCAAGCACCCCGAGUGUGUCGACUUCCGAAAGAACCGCCCCGGCAAGCCUACCGACCAGGGUGGCUUCGGUACCUACAUCCGCUACGAUUACCCCAAGGACAUCAAGGAGCUCAAGUGCACUGAGGCCAACGGCUUCCCCGAGAGCCGCUCGGGAUGCGACGGCAAGUUCAUCAAGCAUCUCUGGACUGGAAAGAAGGACCACAUCAAGGUGGCCAUCGGUCAGCAGCUCCCCGGCGUGCUGCUCGAGACUUUCCACCGACAGUUUAUGGACGAGAAGAAAGAUUUCUUCGUGUCCGAGAGGGACCUGAUGGGUGCACCUGACGCCGAAUGA